CAGAGGGAAAAGAGUGCUAUCUUAGGGAAGUCGGUGUAGAAAGUGCCUCUGGCAGGGGAUCUCCCCAAAGGAGGAUUUGGCCACAGGCUCUCAGGGAAGAGUUUCACGCAGUGGGGGUGCAAAGGUCUCAAAGCUGGAACACGGCUGGGUCUGGGGCGAGUAGGGGGACUGCUGUGGUUGAAGGGCAGGGAGGCAGAGAAUACCCCACAGCUUCUUAGAGUCCUCUGAAUGACUGGCAUGCUGAGAAACACUCAAGUGACCUGACAGUGUUGAUGCGUAGUUCUUCCCGGUUACUGAACACUCUUAUCAACCCUGCCCAAGCCUGUGUUUAUUCAUUUCAAAAUAGCUCUACAUCUCUUUCAAGUGUUCUUUCCCCUUUCUGAGAACUUCUGCCAUUCACAGGACUAGCCCUCACAACAGCUCCUCAACUCCCGCCUCCACCUCUGAAGGGCUGGGACUACACGUGUGGGCCUCCAAUUCUGGCAAUUCUCCAAUUCUCAGCAACUCUUUGGACACCUUGCCCUCCUGUGCACCCAGCUGACGAAAAGCCUGCCGGGUGUACAAAUCAUUACCUGUUAAGAAGGGCAGGUCGCAGGUCGGGGUUACGUAAAGGUCCAUGCUCCACCCUCCCGUGCCACCAAUCAAGUAAGGGAAGGCACUCGGGCGGUCAGCACUCUGACUGUCACACUCCUUCCACUUUGAUCUACUAAAUCAGAUGUGAGAAAUCAAGCCUCUCUUCCAUGAAGCAGGUCUGCUAUCACUACUGCUACCUUUCGGUUUCUCUGUAGAUUUUUGGAGCCUGCCCUGGAACCAGCUGCUGAGCCCCAACAAGCCCCACCUCCUCCAUGUCUUUUAUACCCAGUGAAAAACAAGGAGGCCCAAGCAGGAUGAUCUCAGAAGCUCAAGAUCAUGGACUGGUCAGUUUCUCACACAACGAGCUGGAUUAGUCUGCAUGGAAAUCCCAAGUGCUAAAACAUCCAGCAGCGCUGAUGCUAGAUAGCUCUUGUCGCCAUGGCAAUGUUACUUCAUGCUAAGUGUUUGCAGCGCCUAGCAAUUCCUGGUCCUCUAAGAGUCUUGUAUAAAGAUUACAGAACAGCAACCCCUCAGAACUUUUCCAACUAUGAAUCCAUGAAACAGGACUUCAAACUAGAGAUUCCAGAGCAUUUCAAUUUUGCAAAAGAUGUCCUGGACCAAUGGAGCAGUGUGGAAAAGGCUGGAGGGAGACUUUCCAACCCAGCCUUCUGGUGGAUAGAUGGAAAUGGAGGAGAAGUGAGAUGGGGUUUUGAAGAACUCGGAUCUUUAUCCAGGAAAUUUGCCAACAUACUCACAGAAGCCUGUUCCUUGCAAAGGGGAGACCGAGUAAUGGUGAUUCUGCCCAAGAUCCCAGAGUGGUGGCUUGCAAAUGUGGCCUGUCUGCGAACAGGGACAGUUUUAAUUCCGGGAACCACUCAGCUGACCCAGAAAGACAUCCUCUACAGACUACAGUCUUCAAAAGCAAAGUGCAUUAUUACUGAUGAUGCCUUAGCCCCAGCAGUAGAUGCUGUGGCAGCUAAAUGUGAAAAUCUUACCUCCAAACUCAUUGUGUCUCAGCACUCCAGAGAAGGGUGGGGGAACCUCAAGGAGAUGAUGAGACAUGCCAGCGACAACCAUACCUGCGUGAACACAAGGCACAAUGAGAUGAUGGCCAUCUACUUCACCAGUGGGACAACCGGGCAUCCUAAGAUGAUCGGACAUACCCACAGCAGUUUUGGUUUAGGAUUAUCUGUCAACGGAAGAUUCUGGCUGGAUUUGACAGACUCAGAUGUGAUGUGGAAUACGUCAGACACAGGUUGGGCAAAGUGUGCAUGGAGUAGUGUUUUUUCUCCAUGGAUCCAAGGAGCAUGUGUGUUUGCACACUAUUUGCCCCGUUUCGAGCAGACUUCCAUCUUGCAAACCCUCUCCAAGUUCCCCAUCACUGUCUUCUGUUCUGCGCCAACUGCCUACCGAAUGCUUGUACAGAAUGAUACAAUCAGAAGCUAUAAGUUCAAAAGCUUGAAGCACUGUGUGAGUGCUGGGGAACCAAUCAACCCUGAAGUGAUGGAGCAAUGGAGAAGGAAGACAGGCCUAGACAUCUACGAAGGAUACGGACAGACAGAAACGGUGCUGAUCUGUGGAAAUUUCAAAGGGAUGAAAAUUAAGCCUGGCUCAAUGGGAAAGCCUUCUCCUGCCUUUGAUGUGAAGAUUUUAGAUGAAAAUGGUGCUAUUCUUCCUCCUGGAAAAGAAGGGGACAUUGGUGUUCAAGUUCUUCCUGAGCGACCAUUUGGCCUUUUUACUCAUUAUGUAGAUAAUCCUUCAAAAACAGCCUCAACUCUACGAGGGAAUUAUUACAUCACUGGGGACAGGGGCUAUAUGGAUGAAGAUGGCUAUUUCUGGUUUGUUGCCAGAUCAGACGAUGUUAUAUUAUCCUCUGGCUACCGGAUUGGACCAUUUGAAGUAGAAAGUGCCCUGAUAGAACAUCCUUCCAUCGCAGAAUCAGCUGUUGUCAGCAGCCCAGACCCUGUCAGAGGAGAGGUAGUAAAGGCUUUUAUUGUUCUGAAUCCUGAUUACAAGUCACAUGAUCAAGAGCAACUGAAAAAGGAGAUUCAGGAGCACGUGAAAAAGACUACAGCGCCUUACAAAUACCCCAGAAAGGUGGGUAGCCUUGCUUCACCUGCAUUUGUUCAGUGCUUUGGAAAAGGUUUGGCUAUUUGUUUUUUCCUUUUUAAAAUGACCUCUCCCCUUAAACAUGCUAUACAAAAGGUUCCCAACAGAACUAAUGAUAAUAGACAAUAAAAAAAUUUUGAGAUAAAAUGAAGCCCCUAAAAUACUUUAGUCAAUUAGCUCAUAAUGCUAAAUGUAAAGAAAAACUUCAAUCAUCCCUUCACCUAGCCGUCAAAGCAGAGCUGUGCGGGACUAACUUCCUUCCUCCCCUUACUGCCAACAGGUGGAAUUCAUUGAAGAACUGCCAAAGACUGUCAGUGGGAAGGUCAAAAGAAAUGAACUGAGGAAAAAAGAAUGGAAAACUAUUUAAACUCAUCCACUAAUUAUUCAGAUAUUUAUAAACAAAUUCAGUGUCUACAGUCUUCAGGAACCAUAGGUCAUAUGGGCAAAUUGCUUCUAAACUGAAUUUAAAGUACCUUUUAGUAAUGACGUCAGAGGCUGAAUUCUGAAAUCAAAUAGUGAAUCUUUCUGUGUUCACCUCAAUGUUUCUGCAAUUUGGCAACAUAAACAAAGGUCAUCAGGUGCUGAGAGGUUUUAAAACUAUUUUAGGGAAAGUUUCUAAAUCGAAUUUCUACUCCACUGGUUUUCAAAACUUAAUUGAAUAAUUUUAAUGCGUUAAUAUACAAAUCAGAACAAAUAUUAAACCUCUUAAAAAAACUAAGUGACUUGUUUUUAGAAAAUUGUCAUAAUUCUUAGAAUAUUUACCUAAAAGUUGAAUAAGAAUUUUAUUAGUCAUAUUUUCACUCAAGUAAUUUAAAAAUAGCUUGAAAUUUGCUUCAAGGUCUAUAAGAGAAAGCUGUCAUGUGCUAUGUCUACUUAGUAAAUAAAUAUGGUUUAUAAAAGUA